AUGGUGAAUCCCUCCUACAUACCCCACCUGUCCGCCAUGCGUUCAUUCCGAUCCUCGUUCCGCAUCUCAAGAGCUCUCGAGCUUCCCCACAACUAUGCGCCGCAACGAACUCUGCGCCCAUAUCACAUCCGCAACAGGCAAUUACAUUCCACUCCAUGUCGCCGGCUAGACUUACCCUCAGGCAAGAAGCCGGAGAAACCGGACCCUCUGGAAGAAUGGCGUAAUCCUCCACCGAGCAAAUGGCCGAACAGGAUACGGUUGCUAUUUGUACCCUUCAUUGCGGCUCUGAUCUAUUCCAUGUGGACGGACGACACAAUCAAAACCGAAGCACCUUCUAUCGCCGAGAAGGAUGCCCUCCUCAAGCGCGAGAAUGGCGUCUCCGAGCAGUCACCGAUGCGCCUACGAAUGGAACAGUUCAUAAAGCAACACCAGAAGGAAAUCGUGGCUGAACUGGAAAAGGUAGAUGGUACCAAGUUCAAGAUCGACACAUGGCAACGGCCAGAAGGUGGUGGUGGAAUCACCUGCAUCCUACAGGACGGCAACGUCUUCGAGAAGGGAGGCGUUAACACAUCCGUCGUAUACGGCCGCCUACCAAAAGCAGCCAUACAGAAGAUGCGCGUCAACCACAAAGCCCUUGACCCCAAUGUCGAUUCGCUCGAGUUCUUCGCCGCUGGCCUGUCCAUGGUCCUUCACCCACACAACCCCAACGCACCGACCGUACACCUCAACUACCGAUACUUCGAGACCGCCGACGAGACCGGAAACACAAACGCAUGGUGGUACGGCGGUGGCUGCGACCUCACACCCUCCUACCUUUACGACGAAGACGCUAUACACUUCCACGGCGCCAUCAAGCAAGCUUGCGAUAAGCACGAUAAGGCAUACUACCCACGAUUCAAAAAGUGGUGCGAUGAGUACUUCAGCAACAAGCACCGAGGUGAGACACGAGGUGUAGGUGGCAUCUUCUUCGACGACUUGGAUGAGACAGAGAAGGACCAGGAACAGCUCUUCUCCUUUGUCCAAGAUUGUUUGUCUGCCUUCCUGCCUUCCUAUUUGCCCAUCAUCAACAGACGGAAGGACAUGCCAUACACAGAUGAGAUGAAGCAGUGGCAGCAGAUCCGCAGAGGACGAUAUGUAGAGUUCAACCUUGUGCACGAUCGCGGGACAGCGUUUGGUUUGAACACGCCUGGUGCCCGAGUGGAGAGUAUCCUGAUGAGUCUACCGCUUACAGCGAGGUGGCAGUACAUGCACGAGCCUACAAAGGGUAGCAGGGAAGAGCGGUUGCUUGAGGUGCUCAAAAAGCCAAAGGAGUGGGUGUAG